UUUGUUUGUGUGUAAAUUGGUCUGGAUAUUCUGGAUGUUAGCUUCUAUUUAUCACGCGAAAAACUUGCCAUAUUUCAUUAGCAAAACACACAAAGCACACACACCGACUCAGAGAAACAAUGGCACAGGCGUUGUCAUCAAAACCCACAGCCAGAAUCUCUUCAAUUUUCAUAUACCCAAUAAAGUCAUGUCGUGGAAUUUCAGUUUCUCAAGCACCCAUCACUCCUACUGGAUGUCGAUGGGAUCGUCAAUGGUUAGUUGUAAAUAAUAAAGGGAGGGCAUAUACUCAAAAAGUUGAACCAAAGCUUGCUUUAGUUGAGGUAGAGCUGCCAAAUGAAGCAUUUUCAGAGGGUUGGGAACCUACUAAUAGCUCAUAUAUGGUCUUAAAGGCACCUGGGAUGAAUGUGCUAAAGGUUUCUCUAAGUAAACCGCGUCAAACAACGGAUGGUGUCUCGGUCUGGGAAUGGUCUGGCUCUGCAUUGGAUGAAGGAGAUGAAGCGUCACAAUGGUUUUCAAAUUAUUUGGGGAAGCCCAGCCGGCUAGUUCGUUUUAAUACUGCUUCAGAAACUAGGCCUGUGGAACCUGGGUAUGCUCCUGGACACAGUGUCAUGUUCUCUGACAUGUAUCCAUACAUGCUGUUAUCUCAGGGAUCAAUGGAUGCACUAAAUAAGCUUCUCAGGGAACCCAUUCCAGUCAACCGUUUUAGACCCAACAUCCUGGUUGAUGGUUGUGAAUCGUUUGCUGAAGACUUAUGGGCAGAGAUCAAGAUAAACAAAUUCAUAUUUCAGGGUGUCAAGCUAUGCUCCCGCUGUAAGGUCCCUACAAUCAAUCAAGAGUCUGGGAUUGCAGGUUCUGAGCCAAAUGAAACUCUUAAAAAAUUCCGCUCAGAUAAUGUCUUGCGUCCAACUCAAAAACAGCGGGGAAAGAUCUACUUUGGUCAGAAUUUAGUCUGGAAGGACUCUCUUACUGAAGGGAAAGGAAAGAUCAUUAAAGUAGGAGAUCCUAUUUAUGUCCUCAGGAAGGUUUCUUCUGCUGAUGAAGCCGCAGCUUGAACUCUUUAAAAUAUUUUCUUGUAUUACUAAUGUUUUAUAGACAAUAAGACUUGUUGCUUAGUAUAUCAUAACAGAAUAAGAGGUUGGUAAUUAACCUGUGGGCUGCUAGUGCAUGGUGUUCAUGGCGUUUAUCCUAUUGACCUGGUUAUACGUA